AUGUAUCCACCAGAACUACAGAACCAGCACAAUGGCUGGUCUUCUCUGGAGGAGAAGUACGAGGUAAUGAAGGAGAUUGGCGACGGUAGCUUUGGCAGCGUCGCGCUCGCACGCGUGAGAACAGCCGGUGCGCACAUCGCACGGCGAGGGACACUGGUCGCGAUUAAGACGAUGAAGAAGACUUUCGACUCGUUCUCAAGCUGUUUGGAGUUGCGUGAAGUCAUUUUUCUUCGGUCACUUCCUCCGCAUCCCCACCUCGUUCCUGCCCUUGAUAUCUUCCUGGACCCUUACAGCAGGCGACUCCACAUUGCGAUGGAAUUUAUGGACGGAAAUCUUUACCAACUAAUGAAGGCGCGCGAUCACAAGGCCAUGGAUGCUCAUAGCGUGAAGAGCAUCCUCUUCCAGAUCAUCUCUGGACUAGAACACAUCCACCAACGCGAAUUCUUUCACCGCGACAUCAAGCCUGAAAACAUUCUUGUGUCGACAUCACAACAAAACGACUCAUCACACCCCUUCCGAAGGUACUCUGCCUUGAUGACUCCCCCAUCGACUCCACCAGUUUACACGAUCAAGAUUGCCGAUUUUGGUUUGGCGAGGGAGACACACUCAAAACUACCCUAUACAACGUAUGUCUCGACUAGAUGGUACCGCGCUCCCGAAGUGCUGCUUCGCGCGGGUGAGUACUCGGCUCCCGUGGACAUGUGGGCGGUAGGAGCGAUGGCAGUGGAAAUUGCAACCUUGAAACCCCUCUUCCCCGGUGGAAAUGAGGUAGAUCAAGUAUGGAGGGUUUGUGAAAUCAUGGGAAGCCCAGGGAGUUGGGUAAACAAGUAUGGUAACCGAGUGGGUGGUGGUGAAUGGAAGGAUGGAGUAAGGCUAGCUCAGAAGCUAGGCUUCUCCUUCCCAAAGAUGGCCCCUCACUCUAUGGAUACUAUACUACAACCGCCACAGUGGCCCGCAAGCUUGGCCAACUUUGUCACAUGGUGCCUCAUGUGGGAUCCUCGUAACAGGCCCACAUCAACGCAGGCCUUGGCCCAUGACUACUUCCAGGACGCUUUCGAUCCUCUACGUCUGAAGUCAUCGUCCUCACGGCUUUUAGGUCGCAAGCAGUCUGACAUAUCUGGAAAAGACUCACCCGAUGUCUCGCCAAGCCUGACUUCAAAAACUUCAUCGUGGUUCCGCAGGUCGUUGGUGGCACGAGAAAGUGCACCCGCUGUUCCCCAACACAGUCCUGCACGACCACUCUCGCCUCGACCUUCGCCUGCGCCCUCGAACUCUGUUGACGCAGUGCCUUCAAUUAAGAAUCGCCCAAACGCAACUAAGCGAGCUACGUGGACGAACGGCGUCCCAACCAAUGGAGCGCCGAUUCCCAUUUUGCCGUCCAUUAGACCAGUUUCUCCGCUGUCAGAUGCAGUGACUGCGCAAGCAAGCGUGCGUCCUGCGGAGAGCGAUGAAAAGGCGGCAAAGAAGAUUGGUCGCCAAUUAUCUGUCGCUUCCCACGGUAACCACUAUGCGGACAUUCAUCGCCAAGAAGCGGAGAGGGCAUUGAAUGGCCAAUCCGGGCUUGCCUCACCAUCUAGUGGGCACAAGGAGAGUUUCUUUUCUCACCUGAGAAAGCGAGCUCGCCGUCUGUCUGGCAGAUAUCAGACCCCAAUGUCACCGAAUUCGGACGAUAUCGAAGCUAAUGCAGGGUGUGCUCCUUGGGCAACUAGCAACAGACAUUCGAUGAUAAUGGACCAGCCUCCGCUUCCACCUGCGCCGUCCACCAAUUCGGACUUCUCGGAGCUGGACAAAGCUUUGCAACACGUCAGGUGUAGUCUCGAAGGUGCCUCAUAUCCGAGCAAUGCUACGAAAAAGUCUGGUGCCGCAACCAAUCCAAUGCUCAAGCGGCACCAUUCAUUACCCCACGGGCAGGAAUCUCGGUCGUCCGAGAACAACGGUGUUCAAGGUAGCGGUCCGAUUUCCAGUAGGACGAGGCGAGCACUCCAAAACAAGUCCAACCCCUCAAACCGAUAUGAAACUCCGAAUGAGGAGGAAGAGCUUCUGAGCGAAGUACUUGCGUCAACCCACAAGGCAGCCAAGAAACUUGACAGGCAGCAUCAGGCCGGUGCAGAUUCAUACCAGAAGCAGCCUCCCCGACAGUCCCAGGCUGAUAUGAGUGCCGCAGCAUCAUAUCUGACCCCCUCUCCUUCGGCGAACCGCAAUGGGGUCAAUUUCGGGCAGAACGAGUAUAUUACGCCAACUAAGCCGUUGGUGAUCUCGAAGUCCCGAACGACACAUGAAGAUGGCCCAUCAAAGUGGCCUACACCUCCGUACGACGACAAUGACUGGGCGUCGAGCGUAGCAGCCAGCCUCAUAGCAACACAGUCCCUCUAUCGGUGA